CUGAAACCAUGUACGGUUACUAAGCGGCCUGCCAAAGGCCAGCUGAAACCACAGCGAAUUUACAUCAAGCCCGUGAAACGGGUCGCGUUGAUUCAGGCGAAUCGGAGCGAAUACCGUCGCAACCGCCGCAAUGGAAGUACGAGGUCAGAAACAGCUUUUCGCGAAACGUUAAUUUCCGAGGAGCCUCUCUGUGCGGGCUGCGGAGACGUGGCGCUCUGGUCUCUCGUAAAUCAUGGCGCCGGGGAAGGAGGCCAGAAUCUCGCGCCGGGCCGCAGCCCUUUGUGCAGUCUUCAUUAUAUUCUUUUGCAUAGACAGAGGGUGCACAAGUCCCUUACAUGCACGUGUUGCUGAGCACAACCACCGGCAGAAGCGACAGCUAAAUGGCCUGUUCUCCGGUUUAUUAGAUGGAGUCAAGAACCUUGUGAGUACCGGAACAAGCAUCGCCGGACUCGGCACAGGCAUGCUCAACUUGGGAGGCGACGAAGGCAUCGGUGGUGUCGUCAGCGGAAUGCUGAACCUUCUCUCUAUUGGAUCUGAAAUCUUCACCGGCAUACUUGGCAACCUGCUGAAUGGCGACCUCCUGGGUGGACUGUUGCCUUUCGUUGGCGGCCAGGGAUAGUGCUCGCAUGCGAAAAAAAAAAA